AUGGCAGUUAUGGAGGUAUUUAACUACCUUUAUGAACGCACCGCCGAGACCCUGAGACCACGAGCCACUGGGUCAAGCAAAGAAGUGGGUGAAACAGUUGUCAAAACGAUAAAAAUGCUUGUCCAGCGAUUUGCGGUAGCGCUGGCGUGGUUGUCGUCGCUCUCACAAGCAGCGACCUUUGAGCAGCAGUGUGCGCAAUUCUCAUCUCAGCUUCAGUUGGACAAUGCCACCGUGUGGUUCUCAGAGUUCGUGGCCGCAGGGACAAACUUGACACUUUCCCAGAACAACGUCACCUGUGCGCGACCCAGUCAAGUGGUCGAAGUCGACCUCUGCCGAGUUGCGCUCUAUGUCGCGACGUCGAACCGCUCCGGCAUCAGCAUGGAGGCCUGGUUGCCCAAGAACUGGACAGGUCGGUUCCUGAGCACGGGCAACGGCGGCAUCAGCGGCUGCAUUCAGUACGAGGACCUGGCAUACACGACCAGCCUGGGCUUCUCAACCGUCGGAGCCAACAACGGCCACAAUGGAACAGGAGGCCACGCUUUCCUCGACAAUCCCGACGUCGUGACGGACUUUGGCUGGCGUUCCAUCCACACCAAUGUCGUCGUGGGCAAGCAAAUCAGCCAGGCUUUCUACGGAAAGCCACACACCAAAUCGUACUACCUGGGAUGUUCCACGGGCGGCCGUCAGGGCAUGAAGUCUGCCCAGGCAUUCCCGGACGACUUUGACGGAAUCGUGGCCGGGUCACCGGCCAUCAGGUUCAACGGCUUGGAUUCGUGGUCUGGCAACUUUUAUCCAACGAUCCGCGAUGCUGGGCCCGAAGGGUUCCCUCCCAACACCACCUGGGCGGCCAUCGAUGCGGCUAUCCUGGCUCAAUGCGGUACUGGGGCAGUCGGCGACGCGCCUGACGGCUUCCUUGAGAACCCCGACCUGUGCCACUUCCGACCGGAGGCUCUGGUGUGUCCGACGCUGAGCGCCAACGUCUCGUCCUGCAUCAGUGGCGCGCAGGCCGACACGAUCCGCGCCAUAUUCUCUCCGCUGUACGGCGUGAACGGGUCGUUGGUCUACCCGCAGAUGCAGGUUGGGCCGGGCAUUCUCGAAGCCAUCUAUGCCAUCUACGGGAAAGCCCAGUUCCCCUACACGGCCGACUGGUUCAGAUACGCCGUAUACAACGACCCGAACUACGACAUUGACCACCUGACACCCAAGGACUGGGCGUACGCCGAGAGGCUCAACGCAGGCGAGACCAACACCUUCGACGGAGACCUGUCGCCGUUCCAGAGCAAAGGGGGCAAGCUGCUCACGUACCACGGGCAGGCGGACCCGAUCAUCUCGUCAGCCAACUCGCCGACGUACUACGACCUCGUGUCGCGCACCAUGGACCUGCCAUCGACGGCGCUCGACGACUUCUACCGCUUCUUCCGCGUCUCGGGCAUGGGCCACUGCAGCGGAGGCCCCGGGGCCACGUUCAUCGGCAACGUCGGCGCCGCGGUCGCCAGCCUGGACCCGGACCAGAACGUGCUGAUGGCCAUGGUGCGCUGGGUCGAGCAGGGCACCGCGCCCGACACCAUUCUAGGCACCAAGUUUGUCAACGACACGGCCAGUCUGGGCGUCGACUUUCAGCGCGCCCAUUGCAGAUAUCCCUUCAGGAACGUCUACGUGGGCGGCGGUGGGGAAAACGCGACGACUGAUGCCUGGAAGGAUCCGGCAAAUUGGGUGUGUCAGUGA